GUCAUUAGAAAUAUCCGGGUUGUUUCAAAACCAAGUCGAGAUAUUUGGCUAACUCCCCAUGAACUUAAAUUUCGGACGAGAUUUAACACGGGUCUUUGGGUUAUGCAAACUAGCUGUGGUGUUAUCAGUCAUAGGGAUUGUGUUCGAAUGGGAAUCGGAGGGAAAAUGUUAUUUGCUGUAAAUAAUGGAUAUCAACAUUUUUGUUAA